CUCGGUGGCAUCCUGCCGCACUGUGUGGCCCUGGGUGACGCGCAGUUUGCUGCCCAUUUGGCCUGCCGACGAGGAGGAGGCUGGUGGCAGCAUGCGGUUGUCCUCCGACAGACCAAGGUGGGUCUUGAGGGAAAAAUGUUUUCCCUCCAGCUCAUCCAGUCCCAGGCCGCCGCUGUGUAA